GCGCAUGCGCACCUGGAGACGAGACUCCAGCAGAUAGGAAGGUGACAACAACAAUGUCUGAGCUCAGUGUUUAAAAAGCAACCCGCCGCAGCAGCGCUGUAGGACGCUUGUGUAGCGGGGCUGGGACUGACAGCGGACCGUUCCUGUUGUUUAGCCGCUGAGUUUUCUACGCACCGUGCUGUUAUCGUGGUGUUUGUUUACACGGGGCCAUGCCCGGUGCACUCCUGUGAAAUGGGACUUCUCGGUGUCGUGGAGUGCGUGUUAGCCUCUCGCCACUUUUCUCCCACUUUACUCUAACGUUUAUAUUUAUUUUUUAACUCACCAUGGAGUCUGUUGGCAAGUUUGAGUUCAACAGGAAAGACCUAAUAGGUCACGGAGCCUUUGCUGUUGUGUUCAAAGGCAGACACAAAGAGAGACGAGACUGGGAAGUCGCUAUCAAGUGUAUCAACAAGAAAAACCUAGCCAAAUCCCAGUCUUUGCUUGGAAAAGAGAUUAAGAUAUUAAAGGAGCUCAAACAUGAGAAUAUUGUGAGACUACUGGACUACCAGGAGAUGGGAGGGUGUGUGUAUCUCAUAAUGGAGUACUGCAACGGGGGUGAUCUGGCAGAUCAUCUUCACUCCAAGGGCACCCUGAGUGAGGACACCAUCCGUGUGUUCCUGCAGCAGAUUGCUCAGGCCAUGAAGGUCCUGCAGAGCAAAGGCAUCCUCCAUCGAGACCUCAAACCCCAGAACAUUCUGCUGUGCCACUCAGAGGGGCGCAGGUCCAGCUCCACCAACACCAGCAUCAAGAUCGCUGACUUUGGGUUCGCACGCCACCUCCAGAUGAACACCAUGGCUGCCACGCUGUGUGGCUCUCCAAUGUACAUGGCUCCGGAGGUCAUCAUGUCCCAGAGCUACGACAGCAAGGCUGAUCUGUGGAGCAUCGGUACCAUUGUGUACCAGUGUCUGACUGGGAAAGCCCCUUUUCAUGCCAGCACCCCACAGGAGCUUCGUUUCUUCUAUGAAAGCAACAUGACCCUGUUACCCAGCAUCCCAAAGGAAACUUCUGCUCAUUUAAGACACCUGCUUCUCGGGCUGCUACAGAGAAACCACAGAGAGCGCAUGAGCUUCGAAGAGUUCUUCCACCAUCCUUUCCUGGAGACAAACUCACCAGAAAAGAAAUGUUCUCCUUCUUUGGUGUUCUCCUACCCCAUCUCAGGCUCAGCUAGUUCCUCCAGCAGCUCCUCCGCGUCUCAGCCAGCUUCACCUCAUCAGCAUCUAGAAGAAGAGAUGAACCAACUUCAGCCUAACGCACCAGGCUCGCCUGCACAGGACGCUGAUAGCCUCUUGGAGAAGGAAGCAGCCAAUCAAGACGCUAUAAAUCAGACAUCUUAUACAGAAGAUUACGUCAUGGUGUCUGAUCAGUUCUCCUGCGAGUACUCAUGCCAGCUGGGGGAUGGGUCACCUACCGACAGUUAUUUGAUGAGUAGAGGGAGCUCCACUCUGGCCAGGAGAGGCUCUGGAGCUGCAGGAAGGACACCACCACCUCCAGCCCCGCUACACUCUCCUCCCAACCCUGUUAGCCACCCUCCCACAUUAAACGGCCGUUGCUGCACCCCAUCCGUACCCAUUCCCGUUCCAACUCAGAUCCACAACUACCAACGUCUGGAACAGAACCUGCAGCCCGUGGGUUCUCAUGGCUCCACUAGGGCGGGGCUGUGCUGUGCUGACUGCAGCGCUGCAGCCGUUGUGGAGUGUAGAGGGUGUUCAGCUCCAAGUCCAGCUGUUACCUCUAGCUUCCCAACACUGGAGGAAGAAGGAGGCCAACUUCAGCUAGCUUCCCCACAAGCUGGUCUGACUCCGAAGACGUCGGAGCAGACGCUCCCGCUCAGCACAAGAACCGGGCUUCCCCUGGGCUCUCCUGACUCUCGGGUCCCCUCCAGCCACAGGCAGCCUAGAAAGCCGAACCGAAGCAGGACCUUCCUAAACCUGCAGUCCCUGGAACAAGCUCCUGCUUCACAGACCAACCUCAACAGUACAUCCGCCAAUAAGAAAGGCCCUUUCAAAAGAUCCCUCAGCGCCGGCAGACUGUCUGACAUGCUGCUGAAAGCGGCCUUUGAAGCAAACCUGUUUGAAGAAGAACCCGACGGGAGUUUCAGCAGUGACAGAAGCAUGGAUACAGCUCCACCUUCUGGGUGUCACAAAGUCUUUCAGCUCUCCGAGAGCCCGCCUGCUGUGCUCUUUACCGCGGGUUCUCCCUCCAACGGAAACACCCUUCCUGAAGACGUGGUGUCAAAGAUGUACUCAGGCUCUCCCAGCUUCGUUAACUCAGCCUGGCUACUCAGCAGCCGCCCCUUCCAGCGAGGAAGCCGUAGGAAUAGUGAGACGGAGGUCAUGGAUGCUGGUUCACACUACAGUCUGGUUUUUCACCCUCCUGCACUUCCUGAAGAUACUCUGAUGGAGCAAGCUCACACAGACACACUGAGCGACUUGCGUUUCACCUUGGCUUUUGUCACCUGCGUUAUGGAGUUGGCUUCCUCAAAAGACCCUGGUCUGGGUGCAGUCAGCAGCCCUGAUAUCUCCUUCUUAGAGCAGAGCUUUGUGACAGACCAGAUCAGCCUUCUGAGCAGAGAGUGGAGUUAUGCAGAGCAGCUGGUGUUGUACAUGAAAGCUGAGGAGUUUCUGUCAUCCGCACUGUACGCUGCUCAAGAAAAUAUAAAACAGGGCCAGCUGCUGCCCUCCGCUACAGUCAAACAAGUGAUCAGGAAGCUGAACAGAAUGUACAAGAACUGUGUGACUUUUUGCCGGACCCUGAAUGAUCGGCUACAGACCUUCCUGCUUGACAAGCAGAGGCUCAUGGACCGCUUCAGCGGGCUCACAGCAGAGAAGCUCAUCUACAGCCAUACUGUGUACAUGGUGCAGUCAGCUGCUCUAGAUGAGAUGUUCCACUAUGGUGCAGCCACGAUGCAGCGCUACAACAAAGCCCUUCUGCUCAUGGAGGGUCUAUCACGAAUCCUCACUGAGCAAAAAGACAUCGACAUCAUAGAAAAAUGUAAGAAGCGUCUUGAGCGACGGCUCUCUGCUCUGCAGACAUAACGGCGUCUGCAGCUGGAGCGAUAUUCCCGUUCCUGAAUCCAACCACAUCAAAGCACUUUGGGAGAAACAACCACAAGAGCAUCCGCGGUUAUCCCUCAGCCCAAUCUGGAAGGUCCGGUUUGAUGUUGCUGAGCACAGUUCAGGUUGUGAUUUUUGGAAUUAUUUGUUCAGGUAAAAUUGUUCUCAGCUUUAGUUUUAUUAUGGGCUGUUUUUGUUAGUGUGCACCUUUACUUUGUUCUUGAAUGAUCUGAACUAUUAAUAAGGAGUUUGCUCUACUUGAACCAAAGAUGGGGUUGGUUCCUCUGUUUAAAGCCUUUGUGUUGAUGAUUGUUAUUGAAUAUUUUGAACGGAAUGACCAAACAUUACCAGUUUGUAGCAUUACUAGUAAAGCUGUGCCUAUUUUUGCAUAUUUUGUACCAUAGAAAAGACGUGAAUGUAAAGUGAAAGGAUGCUUUUAAAUCCCUCAGAGUAGUUUCUGUACUACUGCCAGUCUAAACGUCACACAGACGUGCUGUAAGCCGUAGGGCAGUUAGUUGUUAAAACUCUGGGUGAGAUUAGUUUGCUAGUGACAAAUCUGACAAUCCCUCAGGUACUGAUGCAGUCGUUGGGCAGGUGCUGCGUAUCCCAGGACAUUUCUUUGUGUGCACAUCAGUUUGAAAUUGUUAGUGUGAUUUGUUUGGACAAGCGUCAGCUUUUGUUUAUGUAUUUGUGCCUGAUAGGUUAUUUAUUAGAUAUUUUAAAUAAAUGUUAAACUUUUAACUUGUUAGAUUUUAUCCAGGUACCUUUUUUAUUUUCAGGGCUGCUUGUCAAAUGUGGAAAACUGAGUUGUUAUUUUGUGUGUCAGCAAUAAAUUCCAUUUAAGAGUU